UGCGAACCGCCCAAUAUAUUCACUGACAGAAACGACAGGUUCCGCCGCAUCUCCAUCAUGCUCAGCCGUCAAACACAAGCCGUCCGACGGAUGUCGGCGUCCGCCAAGGUGUGGAUCAACAAGGACACCAAGGUCAUCUGCCAAGGUUUCACCGGCAAGCAAGGUACCUUCCAUUCGGAGCAAGCGAUUGCGUACGGCACCAAUUAUGUCGGCGGUGUGACGCCCAAGAAGGGCGGUACUACCCAUUUGGGUCUGCCCGUGUUCAACACGGUGCAAGAGGCGAAGGAUGAAGUCGGCGCUGAAGCGUCCAUCAUCUAUGUGCCUCCUCCGUACUGCGCGCAAGCUAUCAUCGACGCCAUCCACGCCGAAAUCCCGUUGAUCGUGGCUAUUACCGAAGGCAUCCCACAACAAGACAUGGUCAAGGUCAAGUGGCACUUGAAGCAACAAAAGACGUCGCGUUUGAUCGGUCCCAACUGCCCUGGUAUCAUCAAGCCUGGUGAGUGCAAGAUGGGUAUCAUGCCCGGCUACAUCCACUCCAAGGGAAAGAUUGGUAUUGUGUCCCGCUCGGGUACCUUGACCUACGAAGCCGUACACCAAACGACCACGACCGGCUUGGGUCAAUCCACCGUCAUCGGCAUCGGCGGGGAUCCGUUCAACGGCACCAACUUUAUUGACUGCUUGGAACGCUUUACGAACGACCCUGAAACCGAAGGCAUCAUCAUGAUUGGUGAAAUCGGUGGGACUGCAGAAGAAGAAGCUGCGGAGUGGCUCAUGGAACACGGUGACCCCAACAAGCCUGUGGUUAGUUUCAUUGCCGGUAUCACCGCCCCUCCCGGCCGCCGCAUGGGCCACGCCGGUGCCAUCGUCUCUGGAGGCAAGGGUACGGCUGAAGGCAAAUUCGCUGCCUUGGAAAAGGCUGGCGUCACCGUCACCCGCUCGCCCGCUCGCCUCGGCACGACCAUGUUGCAACAAUUCGCCAAGCGCGCUGGUAACUAAGCCCAGUGGCUUGGUGCCUAGGUUGUUUGUAGCCAAAUACCCCACCCCCGCAUUAUUCUCAUUACAAUCGAGUGCAAUAUGCAUCGUACUGCGCCUUCCUCCUCGAAGAUGUCGCCUCCAGCGCAAUCGACACCAACCACGUCUGUGUAACUUGACGGUACAGUGAACGACCAUGCGUCACCAAAGAAAGCAAAGCUGCUAAAUGCGUUAAAGACUUUAACACCAA